UAUUCCUUCAUGUUGACACAAACACACACAUACACAUUAUGGCGCAAUUAACUCUCCACUCGAUCACGUAUCUUUCUCUUCCUUUUCACUUCCCACGCAAACCCUUUUCUCUCUCUCCAAAACCCAAAUUCACACCUCGAUUUCAAAACCCUCUUGUUCUUCACAAUAGGGUUUCCAAAAACAUGUAUUCUUCGCGUGUUUCUAGUUUUCAAGAUGCUUUUGGAGGAGCUGUGGCAAUUGUUCAAUCGUCACCCGCCACGUGGGAAUCCUCUUUGCUGGCUAACGUCUUGAUCUUUGUGUUGGGUUCUCCACUUUUGGUUACUGGAUUGUCGUUUUCGGGGAUUGUUGCUGCUUUUUUACUUGGGACACUCACUUGGCGUGCUUUUGGGUCUCAUGGGUUUCUUCUUGUUGCCGCCUUUUUCAUCAUUGGUACAGCCGCAACAAAAGUCAAAAUUACACAGAAAAUGGAAGAAGGAGUUGCUGAGAAAAAAAGAGGAAGAAGGGGUCCUGAGAGUGUUAUUGGAUCCAGUGCUGCUGGUUGCGUUUGUUCUCUCAUGGCGAUUUUAGGAGUUGGAGGUGCAGCAUUUUCUCAGCUUUGGAAACUUGGGUUUGUUGCCAGUUUCUGUACCAAGUUGAGCGACACAGUUUCAAGUGAGAUAGGCAAGGCAUAUGGAAAAACAACGUACCUAGUUACGACGUUCAAGAUAGUUCCAAGAGGCACAGAAGGGGCAGUUAGUGUUGAAGGAACCUUGGCUGGAAUUUUUGCAGCUCUAGUUCUUGCCUUUCUCAGUUUUCUUCUGGGCGAGAUUGGUUUACAUGAAGUAGUUAUAUGUUUAUUAGCUUCCCAGAUUGCUAAUCUUGGUGAAAGCCUAAUUGGUGCUUUACUUCAAGAUAAGAAAGGAUUUGAAUGGCUCAAUAAUGAUUUAGUCAACGUGAUCAACAUAUCAAUAGGAAGUAUCACGGCAGUCUUAAUGCAGCAAGCACUUCAAAAUUGGACACCCUAAAUUUGCAAGAUUUUCUUGGAGCUCAAAUAUUCAUUUAUUUAUUUGCAAUAUAGGAAACACACUUUCAUAUAUUUAUACUCCUGUUCAAUGUUCUUUCAAAUUAAAAUGAUGUCGAGAAAUAGGUAUUUGAUAUUGUACUUGCGAAAAGUACAAUAGAGAGAUGGCUCUGCUCAUGAAAGUGAUCUCAAGAGGGUUCUUAUCUGCCGAUUACGUGAAGUUGCGGUCUUCCUUCAACUUCUCAAUGAGUUUGUGGGAGUAGGGGAGGAGUGGUUUUCAGGGGAGGAGUGGUUUUCUCCUUAAUCGGGGGAGCGGUUUCUUCACCAGUCUUGACCAAAAUCAACCCUUUCAAAUACACUUUACCGUCCACGUACUGAGGUGGUUCGCUUGUGAUGGACAUGGACAUGGUUUUGAGUAGCCGCCCAUUCCAUCUUCUGGUCCUUUCAUAACACAUUUGGGUUUAUAGAGUUAUAGCCUGCUCCUUUUCAAGGCCCAAUUGAGAUUUUUCAGUACGUACUUCCUUAAGCAUGAGGUAUGGGAAAGGUCUAUGAAGGGUGAAGUGAUUAUAUAAGAUAGACAGUGAUCCCUUCUCGAGCGAGACUUUAUAAAGGCGAGUCUCAUGCGAGACUUGUAAACGAGUCUCAUGCGAGACUUAUAAAGACGAAUUCCUUAUGCGAGACAUGUAAAGGCAAUUCCCAUAUGCGCGCCUUACAAAGGUGAGUUAUUCAAGUGAGACUUUACUUUGUAAUAAUGAGAAGCAACAAGUUAUAAAAAAAUGCUUGUAGUUUAUUAA